UAACGCCCCUAUUUACUUUUGGCUUCUUGCUACAGGCUGGUUAGGGGGCGUGUUAUCUCCCAGGCGCGCUCAAUAGCCUAUAUCAACUGAAGUUAACCACUUUUUCUCCUUCGCGGUUGGCAUUUGUACCUGCAUGAUGGCGCUUCAAUCUAGAGCUCUUGUUGCUUCGAGGUGGCUGGCCGAAGCCUUGAAGUGUCAGCAGACCGUACCCAAGAUGCGCGUUUUGGACGCUUCUUGGUUCUUGCCCAAACUCCGGCGCAACGCUAAAAGCGAGUUUAAGAAGAAGCACAUUCCGGGUGCAGCGUUCUUUGACAUCGACCAAUGUUGCGAUAAAACAUCUCCGCUGGAUCACAUGCUUCCCUCUGAGAAUGCUUUUGCAGAUUACGUGGGGAACUUGGGUGUGGAGAACGACACACACGUCGUGGUAUACGACGCAAGCGAUUUCGGUGUGUUCUCUGCGCCCCGCGUGUGGUGGAUGUUCCGGGUGUUUGGGCACAGUUCUGUCUCGGUUCUGAACGGGGGACUCAAAAACUGGGAGUUUGAAAGACUUCCAUUGAGUGACAAGUACACCCGACCAGAAGCGACCGAGUUCGGGGCUUCUUUGAACCGCUCCUGGGUGAAGACGUACGAGGAUAUCCUGGAGAACCUGGAGACUAAGAGGUUCCAGGUGGUGGAUGCUAGGCCCUCAGGAAGGUUCCGUGGAGUCGACCCCGAACCGAGAGACAACACAGAACCCGGCCACAUCCCAGGCUCCCUCAGCAUGCCCUUCCAUUCCUUCCUGUCUCCGUCGGGUCACUUCCUGUCCCAGGACGACCUCCAGGCGCUGUUCGCCCGUGCGGGCGUGGACCUGUCGCGGCCGCUCUCUGUGACCUGCGGUUCGGGCGUGACGGCGUGCCAGGUGGCCCUGGCGGCUCACGAGUGCGACCACCCUGGUGUGGCGGUGUACGACGGGGCGUGGUCGGAGUGGUAUACCCGCGCCGUGCCCGAGCACGUCCUCUCGGAGGGGCGGGGCAAGCACCUGUGAUUGGUGGAGGAGGAGGAAGUGUGAGUUGAGGGGGCUAGCACCUGUGAUUGGUGGAGGAAGUGUGAGUUGAGGGGUCUAGCACCUGUGAUUGGUGGAGGAGGAGGAGGAGGAAGUGCAAGUUGAGGGGACUAGCACCUGUGAUUGGUGGAGGACGAAGUGCGAGUUGGAUGAGGGGGGAGGACGUCAACAAAGAUGGACACAGCUGAGAUGGGUGAAGGAAGGUUGAGGAAGAGGAUUAAGAAGGAACUUUUGCGAUGGGUUCAUGGGAAGAUGGUUCUAAUCCCCAAUACCAUAGAAUAAGAUUUAAGGAAGCGUGUUCUUGAUCAGAAAAAAGGACCUGACAUUUGAACCUCGGUGCUGGGGAGUGAAAGCCUAAGAGAGGGUCUAUGUCGUUGACUUCAGCAGACUCCAGAUAAAACCAUGUUACCUUGUUUUCUGAUGUCCUAAGAGAGGGACAUGGGAUUUGGUGGAUAAUGAGCCAAUUUAAGAUGGUUCCCUCAGAAUAUGUUAUGUUAUGUUGGUGCACUGUGAAUAGGAACACAGUUGUACCGGACUCACUUAACACUACAAGACCAACCUCACCAUGAGUGUAUAAUGAAGUGUAAUAGGAAGACCAUGAUUUUAGUAGGAAGUGUACUAGGAGGACCAUGAUUGUAAUAUUGUCUCAGCCGAAACAUUCCAAUACUUGUGUUGAAGUUGCGUCUUGAUGGUUUUAUCUUCGUCGAGGAAGAGCUGUGUGUGCAAGAUACACUGCCACACGGUUUAUAUAUCUGACUGUUGGAGGGAGAUACUGGUCCAGACGCUACACACUCUGAAGUAGCUUCUCUUGUAUAGCAUAUGGAGUGUUCUUGAUGAGAAGCAGAAUGAAGAAAUGUACUUUAAAAACACAUUGAAUCCUUGUGUGUUUUAUUUGGUGUGUAAACAUAAUCACGUCAAUUUUAUUUAUCCCACUAGGGGACACUUGUUUGUAGACAGGUAUUAAAACACAUUUAAUCCAUGGUAAAUACUACAUGAACAGCAUACCUGACACCACACAGAGACAACAACACAAUACAGUAGCCUACAGUAUCCUUGUACUGUACCGUUCAAAUCAACGGUUUAGUAAACAUGCACGUGAAUUACAAUGAGUUCCGUUGUAGUGUCUCCGUGUCUCCGGCAAGUGGCAGAAAUGUAUAUCGAGCGAGCAACUCGCACCAGUCCUUGACCUCUGUUGGACCGUAAAGUUAGAUUUUACACUGUUGGUUUAUUCGUCUGGAUAGACCACGAAAAUAUACACAUUUUAUAAAUUACUCCCGAUUCGUUAUAACGUCUGAAGCAGCCACGGGACACAUUGGUAGUCUUGUUGGUUUAUCAACAUUUAGCUAAUUUCAUAAAACAUUUUGUGUUAAGUCCCUGUUUUUUUGGUUGCAUGCUCUUCCUGAAUUAAAGACGACGUAAAGAAAACUAAAGAUACUAAAACGGAACAAAGACUAAAAGGAGACCAUAGUCACAAAAGGGGAUUUUUCACUUCGUUUCGGUGUAACUGAGAAUGUCGGUUAAAUUAAGACAACCACACAACACUUCUGUCAUGACGUCAAAACCACUGAAGGCAUUGAAUCGUGUUGAGAGGAGCACAGCAACACAUUUUGGGUCCUGGUUGUCGUUCCCCGGAGUUUAACUAAAGUUGGAAACUUGUAGGCAACUGGAGUCAGCUUGACUGGGCCAGAGCUCGUUGUGCUCCCUGUCAGUACACAGUUCAUCCUGGGGAAACCAAUGAUCCUUACCAUCCAGGAAGUGGUACAACAGGAAGUUCCUGCUCAACCAAUCAGAGUUGCUGUCGCCAAGCCGGGCAGAUGGCAGUGAGGGGCAAUCUACAUCUGCUCGUGGUUGUCUUGCUGAUACAGAUACAACCAGGCCACAGCCAAAUGCAGGGCUGUAAGAACAUCUGCGAGAAUCCUUUCAUUUCAGCAUGCUCACAUACUGCCCUUAAGUGCCUCAACGACUUCAUCAACAACAUAACGUGUGUGUGGGACAUGCGCUUGAACAUCUCCAGACACAAUACGGGGCCAGACGCGCGAUACACACUCUUCGGGGACAGAAACAGAAAAAGUCCCCCCCCGGAGAAAAUGACACGCAUCCAGUGUGACCUGCGGCCGGUGAGCUCUGACCCCGCUCUGAGGGCAUGCUCCCUGCUCCUUCCAGCCAACAAGGUGUGU